AGUUAUUGCUUAUUGUACUGUACAGUACAGGGGCGGGUUAGGGGGGGAGCAGUGCUCUAGCCUGGGGUUGGUUAGUGUGAAAGGAGAGAAAGCGGAAGAAGAACACACACAUGCUUACACUGAAACACGCAGGAGAUCACCACCGGGUGUAUCUGUCUGUCUAUCUGUGGGCUUUUGUUUUAGAAAUUAUCCCAAAACCUGAGCAUCAACGUCUCUGAAGAAACGAGUAUCAUACAGUAUGUCAGCAUCAGAAGAUUUUCUGGUGCUCCAGAGCUCUACGCUUGUGGCCCCUGUUACUGCUUUGGAGUUUCUUGGAGAUGACUGCUUGUUGUCAGGUGAAGGACCCAUCCUGUCCAUCUUCUGUCUCCAAGCUUCACCUACACAAUGUGCUUCACUUAGUGUUCUGCAUAACUACCGUAUCCAUGGAAUACGGCCCAAGCUACAAAAUAAUGACAGUCAUGUCACUGUUCCUGAGUUGGUAGAAUUAGUCAUUUAUGGCGGAAAAGCAGUGCGUCUCAUAAACGUAAAGCCUUGUGGCCUUAGUUUGGAGGUGGCUGGCCCUCUGUUGGAGCUUCAGGAUUGGGUGCUGGAUGUUUCUUGGUUAAGAGGAGAGACUAAAUCACUACUCGGCAUAUGUCUGGCUCACAACUCUGUGCUGCUUUUAGAGCCACAAUCUGGAAACAUCAUGUCUCUCUGCUCCUGUGCAGAGGUGUGCCUUCUCUACUCUGCACUUCUGAUUGGUCCAAGCUGGGAAACAUCAGUGUUGGUUGGGGGGACUGUCUUCAACCAGCUGGUCUUGUGGCGACCUGAAGGGACCAAAAGAGACAGCAAGUCCCAAGUAGAGAGACGCCUGCUGGGACAUAGUGGUGUGAUUUUCAGCCUGUGCUACCUCCAGAGCUCCAGAUGGUUGGCUUCUGCCUCAGACGAUCGUAGUGUUCGUGUGUGGGAUGUUGGUGUACUCGGUGCAGAUGGAGGUUGUGGAGUAGAAUCACCCACGUGUCUGCGAGUUCUCUACGGGCAUCAGGCCCGUGUGUUCUGCGUCAGACUUUCACCAGGCUGUGUGUUCAGUGCUGGGGAGGACGGUGCCUGCCUACUGUGGGAAUGGGAAGGGAAUGGUAGAGUGGGUCGGACUUUAAAAGGUCAUAAAUCUGGUGGCAUCAGAGCACUAGCCGUGAGUAAAAAGGGUGGAUGGGUGGCUACAGGAGGGGCUGAUGGGGGGAUACGGGCAUGGAGAGGUUUAGAGGGAACCAGACAGAUGAAGCAAUGCAAACAGGGAGAUGGGCAGAUAGAUUUGGGCUUCAGUGGACGAGGUUGUCCUAAAGUUGUGCAUUCAAUUGGAGGCCAUGGUGCCGUGCUUGUUUGCACCGAUCGAGGAGAAGUGCUUCUGUAUCAAGAUGAAUCAUGGCGGGCAGUCUGGAAUGGAAGUCAAGAAUUUCAGUCUUACUGUGUGAUGGAAGUAUCACAUGUGCAAUUCCAGGAUGCCUCUUUGUGGAUGUGUGCAGUAGGUAAUCUUUAUGGAGGGGUUCAGGUGUUUGCUUUACACCAUCCCAAUUCAGGUGUAUUACUGCAAGCAGGCCAAGGAAAGGUUCACGCUUUGCAGUGGGUGGAAGGGGAUCGUUUGUGUUUGCUGGCUUCUGGUGCUGAAGGACUAGUACAUAGAUGGGCAGUAGAGUUGGAGGAGCAUGAAACAGGCCUAAGUUUAAGACCGGAGAAGCUAACAUCUUUCCUGUUGCCACCUUGUGCCAAGAGAUGGCUCACUGCCGCAGUCAGACUGCAACAUGGAAAGGAAUCACUCUGGGUGUGUGGAGACCGCCGUGGUUCGCUUCUGCUCUACAGAGAGAGCGAGUUAAGUGGAGAGUGUGAAGUGGAUAGAGAGAACAGAGAUGGAGGGAGUGAGGAAGGGCAGGGAGUUUGGAGGGAUGAGAACAGAUGGCCUGAGAGUGCUGUGAAUGACACUGCUGCUCCCAUUUCCCCUGUCAACACACUGUUUGGUGUCCAUGGAAAGCAAGGCGUCACAAGUGUAUGUGAGCAUCAGGGUUUGUUUUAUAGCACCGGUCGGGACGGCUGUGUGCGAGUUCUGACAAUUUGCAGGAACACUCUGCAGGUGCGGCGUGUCCAUCGUGCCAGCAAAGGAAUGGAGUGGCUAGAAAAGGUCCUCUUUGUAGGUUCUGAUUUAUUUGAUGUGUAUGAGGGUAGCAAACAGGAAGACAGUGAGGAGGAACAAAAGAGUAUGACAGAAAGCUUGCCAGAGAAUGGAGGAGUAGGCAGAAAAGAGAGAGAUGGCUUGAAUGACAAAGCAGGAUUGAAGAAUUCCAUGAGAAACCAAUCCGAGGAUGGUGGGAGCAGAAGUGUUGCCGAGGCCCAUUUUGUAAUGGUUGGCUUCCAUUCCAUUCAGUUUGUUUUGUGGGAUCCACUAAGACGUGAGAAAGUUUUCUCUUCCGCAUGUGGAGGAGGACACAGGUCCUGGGCUUACAUUUACCCUUCUCACACUCAAACACUCCCAUCCUCACACAGUCUUGGACAAGGUACACUGAUCUUUAUCAAGCAUGGAGCUGUAAUGGCUUCUCAUUCCUUGGCAUCCACAGAAACCCAUGUGAGAGGGCACACUCUGAAGGAAGGUCUUCAUGGCCGAGGCCUGAGUUGCAUUUGCCGUCUCGGUAGUGUUUGCAGAGGUGGAGCAUCAUCUAAAGAAUGGGAGGUGCUAGUUACCGGUGGUGAGGACACCACAGUCACCGUGCUUGCAGUUGAACCUGAGCGUGGUGCUGUAAAAGCGCUGACUGUUUUAUCUGACCACAUCUCAAACGUUCGAACACUGACUGCUGUCCAAAGAAAACCAAAACAAGAAGCAAAUACCGACAGUGGGACGAGUGCACCUUCCUCGUUCUCAGCACUGCUCUUCUCUGCUGGGGGGAGGGCUCAACUGCAGUGCUACCGGCUCCUGAUUUGCUGGGAUGAGCAGGUGAGCUGGCCGGUCUGUCAGGUGACUCAGGUUGCUGGGCACAGAUUGGAUGAGCAUUGGGAGAGAAGACGAAAUCGCCACAAGACUGUAAAAAUGGACCCUGAAACAAGGUACAUGUCAAUGGCUGUGAUGCAUGAAAGCACAGAGGAAAUUCUCCUGACACUCGCCUGCAGUGAUGGAGCAGUAAGACUUUUCACUGUUGUGGAGGACAACGGGAAGGUUGAGCUGCUCUGGGAGACUUUUUAUCAUCAGCGGUGUGUCCUCAGUGUUGCCUCUCAUAGCUUUGAGGACCCACAGGGCAAGCAGCAUGUGUUGUUGUUUAGUGGGGCUACAGAUGGUGCUGUAGUUCUGUGGGAUCUGACUACAGUGUUGGACAGUAAAUCCAAGGACAGCUGGCACGGUCCAUCUGCUCCCUGCAUCUCGCUCCCUGUUCAUCAGAGUGGAGUAAACACCCUUGUAAUAUCUACUGAAAUGGGGCAAAUGGACAAAGACGUUAUAACUGUGGCCAGUGGCGGUGAUGACGGACAGCUGUCAGUAUUUAGGAUUCGAGUGCAAUUCAAUCAUAAGGUCAUGUUUCCAGAGCUGCUCUCUCACUGGACAGUAGCGUUAGCUCACUCGGCCCCACUAACAGCCCUGAGUGCUCUUAAUUGUGCAACGCUGGUGUCCACAUCUCCAGACCAGCGUGUGUGUGUGUGGCGCGUGUGUUGCGAUGGACUUCGGCACCAAGCGACAGUGUUCUCACACACUGCAGACGCUGCCGGACUGUGGGCGUGGCACAGGAAAGGAACGGAAUUACAGACUGAAGACUGCGUGGUGGUUUGUGGGCAGGGCUUGCAACUCUUUAAGUUAACGAUGGGGAAAAAGCCAGAGAAAACGAGAAAAGAAGAGGAACGUCAGAAAGUGAUGUUUGCAGACUAUUUCGCCAAAGUAUAAGCCAUUAAAAUAUUUAUUACUUGAUUCAGAGGACUGACCAAAGCAAGCUCCGAUUGAUUUUAAUGUACAUUUUU